AUGGAAUCGGCGGGGAACGACCGGAGGGGCGCCGCGCUGGGGGGCCUGGCGGUGCUCCCCGACGAGCUGCUCUGCGCCGUCGUCGACCUCCUCCAGCCCACCGACAUCGGCCGCCUCGCAUGCGUCAGCAGUGUCAUGUACAUACUUUGCAACGAGGAACCUCUCUGGAUGAGUAAAUAUCUUUCCGUUGGUGGUCAUUUUGAGUACAAAGGUUCUUGGAAGAAAACAACGUUGUCUAGGCUUAAUCUUUGCUCCGAAAAUAGUGAGCUUGAGCAGAAGGCUCGUCAUUUUGAUGGUAUGGUACAUCUACUUUAUGUUUGUUGUGUUUGCCUUUUUUAUUUCCCUAUUCAUACUUAUUUUCAUGCAGGAUUCAACUCAUUGUACUUAUACAGGAGAUGGUAUAGAUGUUUUACUACUUUGAGUAGUUAUUCCUUUGACAAUGGCCAUGUGGAAAGAAAGGAUGAUCUUUCUUUGGAUCAUUUCCGUUCUCAGUAUGAUGGAAAAGGCCCAGUUUUGCUUGGUAAGCUGGCUGAAUCCUGGCCAGCGAGAACGAAAUGGUCGAUGCAGCAACUGGUACAUGAUUAUGGUGAAGUUACAUUUAGGAUAUCACAAAGAAGCCCUAAGAAGAUAAUAAUGAAACUGAAAGACUACGUUUCUUACAUGGAACUCCAGCAUGAUGAAGACCCUCUUUACAUAUUUGAUGAUAAGUUUGGAGAGUCAGCACCAGCACUAUUGGAAGAUUACAGAGUCCCUCAUUUAUUUCAAGAAGAUCUUUUUGAUGUCUUGGAUUAUGAACAAAGACCAGCUUUCAGAUGGUUCAUCAUUGGACCAGAAAGAUCAGGUGCCUCUUGGCAUGUUGAUCCAGGAUUAACCAGUGCGUGGAAUACUCUUCUUUGUGGCCGAAAAAGCAUUUCUGGCCUAUUGGAUCCUUACGGUCAUUGCAGUGCUUCUAUUUUGGUGCAGCUUGUGGGUGACUGGGUGCUGUUCUGUGUGUUGCUUAUUUUAAAGUCAGAUGUGAAAAAACAGUCGUGCAGAAAUAAUCAGCCAACUGGGCGAGUUGAAUUAACGAUUGACAAAUUUAGUCAGGAUGCCCAUAGUUAUGUCUUGGGAGUGAGAGAGAAUCAUGUCAUAUAUGUUGAACAGAGACGGAAGAUAACCAAGGGCAAUAGAGAGAUAUGGGCACUGUACCCUCCAGGAAGAGUGCCUGGUGGUGUCACAGUACAUGUAAGUGCUGAAGAUGGUGAUGUUGACAUUGAGACUCCAACAUCUUUGCAGUGGUGGCUUGAUAUCUAUCCUCAUCUUGCCGAACAUGAGAAGCCACUGGAAUGCACACAAUUGCCAGGAGAGACUAUAUUUGUUCCUAGUGGAUGGUGGCAUUGUGUUUUAAACCUUGAGACGACAGUUGCAGUUACACAGAAUUUUGUCAAUCAAUCAAAUUUUGAGCAUGUAUGUCUAGACAUGGCACCUGGUCACUGUCACAAAGGAGUUUGUCGUGCUGGCUUACUUGCUGUUCCGGGAAAAUCUGUUAGAGAUAUAGAAAAUCAUCCACCUGGAACAAUUACAUCGAACCACAAUGACAUGACCUGUACAGAAGAAAGACUGAAAGGUUCAGGGUCUGUAAGAGAUUCAAACAGUGAAAGUCAGUGUUCUUCAUUUGAGUUCUCAGACGUCGACAAAAGUUUGGAGAACCAAGUUUUCUCAUAUGAUAUAGGUUUCUUAUCUCAAUUCCUUGAGAAAGAAAAAGAUCACUAUACUUCUGUCUGGAGUCCUACUAAUCCAAUUGGCCAGAGAGAAGCAAGAGAAUGGCUGCGUAGGCUAUGGGUUCUUAAACCUGAACUGAGAGGACUAAUAUGGAAGGGUGCAUGCCUAGCAAUAAAUGUGGACAAAUGGUAUGCAUGCUUAGAGGAAAUAAGGGCAUGCCAUAGUUUACCGGCACCGUCAGAGGAUGAGAAGCUUCCUGUUGGGACAGGUAGCAACCCAUAUAACAUGCACCACAAUUUUCAGGUCUUCAUUGUCUCUGACAAUGUGAUUAAAAUCAAUGCUGAAGGAGGCUUGGGUUAUUCUGCCCAUGGUUUAGGCACAGAGCUUGAGUUCUAUGAUCUUCUGCGAAAAGUUGGCUCGCCUUUGGUCAACCACAUCCCUGAGAUCAUUGCAAGUGGCUUUCUUGUGUACGAAGAUGGCGUCUACAGAACAGUCCCAUGGAAUGGAAAAGGAAUGCCAGAUGUUUUGGCUAAAUACUAUCCUCUGGAGCUUUCUUAUGCAAACAGCUGUUUUCCUCUUGGGUUAUGGAGCAAACAACAGUUUGGAAUGGAUGGUUCAGCUGAAUCUUCAAACAGACCUAUUUGGCCUUACAUGGUUACCAGAAAAUGCAAAGGGGAUAUCUUUGCUCACGUCCGUGAUACAUUGUCCAAGGCUGACCUAUUGAAUCUUGCAUCAUCCUUGGGAGUUCAAAUGCGAAAUAUCCAUUUAUUACCCCUUCCACAUGAGGAAUCAUUACCCGAACCAGAGGACAAUAAUGUGAAAGACAGUGAUCCACCUGAAUGGAAACAAGUAAUUUCUACUCUAAACAGAAGAAAGAAUAAUAUAAAGAAGCACCUAGCUAACUGGGGUGGUACCGUACCAACAGUUUUAAUUGAGAAGGCUGAAGAAUAUCUCCCUCCUGAUAUGAGUUCUCUAAUCAAGUUUGUUAAGGAUGGCGACGGUGACUCGGUGUACACAUUCCCUUCUUGGAUACAUUCAGAUAUUAUGGACGAUAACAUUCUUACUCAGAGGGCUCCCGAAAUGGGUUCCCUCACUGAUACCAAAAGCACUGGUGACGGAGAUCUGGAGAAACUGAAUGAAAUCCAUAUUAUUGACUUCAGUGAUCUGUCCAUUGGGGAUCCUCUGUGCGACCUAAUUCCGCUGCAGUUGGAUGUUUUCCGUGGUGAUAUUGAUCUUCUGAGGGAGUACCUUGGAAGCUAUCAGCUUCCUUUCCUCAGAGGGAAAUCAAACGACGACAUCUACAAGUCGGUGCAAAAUUCGAAAUUCAGCACCGCAUCAUAUCGCGCGAUGUGCUACUGCAUACUGCACGACGACAACGUCUUGGCAGCUAUAUUUGGCCUGUGGAAGGAGCUGAGGAAUGCAACGUCGUGGGAGGAGAUGCACGUCCGGCCAUUACGCCUUAGUGGGCCCCCUAUCGACGUGGCUGUGGUCAAAGCGUGUAGGCCGGUCAGCGCGGGUCAGGGGAGAGGAAUAUCGUAG